AUGACAAAAGUCGACGGAACAUCAUCCCCCCGCCCGCGCUCUCCUCGCCCUGCGGAAGAGCCGCAGCCGGCUCCGUAUAGCACGUGGUCCGGCCCCCCAAGCCAAAGCAACAUCCUCACCCGCCAAUUCGCGGCCCUUCCUCUCAUUAUCCUCCUCUACACAGCUUCUAUCCCCUUUACACCCGUCGUCUGGGUUCUCAACCUGGACGGAAGCUCUCUCUUCGACCGCCUCUUCGCCGGCUUCGCUAUGCUGUCGGCGUGCUACUUCCAAUGGCGCAUUGCGAGUCUCAAGCAACCUCUGGCCAUUAUUCUCCCCGGCUCAAGCGGCACGACGAUCCGCAACGGCCGCGUGGAGAGGGGCUCAACCCACGGCUUCGUUUGGCACCCGUCCAACUACUGGCCCUACAUCGUCUGCGAAGCCAUGCUCUUGUGCCUGGCCGAGUUUGGACCCAGCGAGAUUCUGAGAAGGAGUAUCGUCUGUGGUGUAAUUGCUGGCCUCUGGGUUAUUGGCUACAGUGCGACGCCCGAGUCCACGAAGAGGUGGGCUUAUGAUCACUUGAAGGCUUGGAUGUUCUGGAUGGUCCUGGACGAGCUCAUGCGCGUUGGAGGCAGGAGCUACAGCGGAAGACGUCGUAGAUAG